AUGGUACGCAAUAUCGUUGUAAUUGGGGGCACUUCCCACCCGCAACUGACUCAGAACAUCUGCGGCGUCCUGGGUAUCCCGCCAGCAGACGUUCUCCUUUCGAAGUUCUCUGUGGGCGAAACCAGAGUUGAAAUCAAAGAGUCUGUUCGUGGGAAAGAUGUUUACAUCAUUCAAUCUGGUGGUGGGAAAGUCAACGACCACCUCCUCGAGCUACUCAUUACUAUCUCUGCAUGCAAGACCGCCUCCGCCAAGAGGGUCACCGCUGUUCUUCCUCUUUUCCCGUACUCUCGCCAGAGUGAUAUUCCUUACAACAAGACUGGCGCGCCUCUUGUAAAGUCAGCGGUCCCUGGAAAGUCAGACUCUGCAAAUGGCUAUACUUUCGAGAGCACCCCUACAACCCCAUAUCCUGGGAAGCCUGAGAGUGGAAGUCUUCUGAAUGGUGUUGAUAACCUACAGAAGAGCCUUGCAAAGGCUCAAAUAGAGGAUAUCAGUACUGGCAGUCCUGUGAAGAAGCGCCCGACUAGUGGACUCUCUCGCAGUGAAACUUUGGAUUCGCAACCAGAGAGCAGCAAGGCUGCUGUUUCCAAUGGUGCUUUCGGUGAGGACAGCGUGAAUAAAAUCAACAGUUUCCAACCACGCCCAGGCUACAAGCAGUGGGUGGCUCAAGCAGGCACAUUGGUAGCUGAUUUGCUUGCCUGUGCUGGUGCCGACCACAUCAUCACGAUGGACCUGCACGAUCCUCAGUAUCAAGGAUUCUUCGAUAUUCCCGUAGAUAACUUGUAUGGCAGACCGCUGCUCAAGAGUUACAUUCAGCGGAACAUCCCCAAUUACAAGCAGGCUGUCAUUGUCAGCCCUGACGCUGGCGGUGCUAAGCGUGCCACGGCAAUUGCGGAUUCCAUGGGUAUAGAGUUCGCAUUGAUCCACAAGGAACGGCGUCCCACACGCAUCACGGACCGUCAAAAUGCCACUAUGAUGUUGGUUGGUGAUGUGAAAGGCCGUACCGCUAUCCUGAUUGAUGACCUGGCGGAUACUUCUAACACCAUUACCAGAGCUGCGAAGCUCUUGAAGAAGGAAGGUGCCGCUCAAGUUUACGCUUUGGUGACUCACGGUAUCCUAAGUGGGGAUGCUAUUGAUCGAAUCAACGCCAGUGCCCUUGACAAGGUGGUAGUCACGAACAGCGUCGAUCAGACGGAGCACCUGCGCCAGUGCCCUAAGCUGGAGGUUUUGGAAGUUGGCCAUGUCUUCGCUGAGGCUAUUCGUCGUGUCCACCAUGGCGAGAGUAUCAGUGUCCUUUUCCAGUACGACUAA